UCACUUCACAAAAGAUUUCCAAAUUCAUUGCGGCAGACACGGCAAAAUAAAAAUGUUAAAUACAUCCUGACUGGGAGGGGACUGAAGCCUCCACACUCAAUCAAAGGUUUGCAAUAAUAGGAUUCAUAAAAAAAAAAAAAAAGACAGAUGGGAUUAGAAAAUGUUGCAGUGAAGACUCUGGAAUGAGAUGAGAUCACAGCACCAGCCUGUCUUUUGUGGACCUGCACAAUGAUUCUCGAGCCAGACUGGAUUAGGAAACCUUGCGACUAGGGAUUCAGAGAGAGGCCUCCGGUUCCCAGGCACUUGGGAGGAGAGAAGGUCGAAAGAAUGCAUCAGAUUUACAGCUGCAGUGAUGAAAAUAUAGAAGUUUUCACCACAGUGAUUCCUUCCAAAGUGUCCAGUCCAGCCAGAAGGAGAGUCAAAAGCUCUCAGCACCUUUUGACCAAGAAUGUGGUGAUAGAAUCCGAGCUCUGCGCCCCACGGACCCUGGAGUUGCUGCCGCACCGCAGAGACCGCAGCGACGGCGAGGGCCGCGGGUCUGGCCGGCUGAAGAGUGCCCCACGGCAGGGACCACACCAGGGGAAAAUCCCGGCCAGACCCGUUGGGAUUUCUGAACCCAAAUCAUCGAAUCUGUGUGGGAAUCGAGCAUAUGGAAAAUCUUUGAUCCCACCUGUGGCCCGGAUCUCAGUGAAAGCACCUGCCAUCUUGGAGGCAGCAACCUCGGGCUCAGAGAAUGGAGCUGUCCUGACAAGAGGAUCCAGGCAGCUCAAGAAGAUUGCUGAAGACUAUCCAACACUUCCCCAAGGAGCAGAAGCCUCCCUUCCUCUGACAGGAAGUGUUUCCUGUGGUGUGCCCAGCAUCCUCCGGAAAAUGUGGACAAGACACAAAAAGAAGUCAGAAUAUGUGGGAGCUACCAACAGCGCCUUUGAAGCUGACUAAAGGUGACUCUCGCCAAGUUGGCUGAAGUUCCCUGCACAAAUGCAGAAAAACUCUCGAGUUGGAACUGAGUCAAAUUCACCUCUGCUAGUACCUGUUCGAGACACCAUCUUUCUCCCUUUACUAACCCAUCAUCCUAGCACAGGUGUAGGAAAGGCAAAAGAAAAUGGUUCCUUUUUAGAAUAACUAAAGCCAAUGAUCUGAAAAUGACCUUGGAAACAAGAAAGCUUAUAGCCCUAUCUUUAAGCAAAACACACCAAAAUCAAGCUUUCUCAACUCAUAAUUAAAAGCCCUAAGGAAGGAAUCAGCCAGUCCUAUUCUGUCUUGUGAGUUAUUCUAAUGUAUGUGAUUUCUGAUAUUAGUCCAAGACCUCAAUGUUUGAGGCUCUUGUUAACAUAAAAGUUCUUAUUAUCCCAAUUAUCAUACAUGUUUUAACUUAAUGAGGUACUAUUUUUAAGGACAAAAACUAUAUAUUUGCUUCUCAGUUCUAAUACUUGAGCAUACUAUCAGUAUCUUUUUGAUGAUUAUUUGGCAUGAUUGCAUGAAUUCUCUAUUCUUUUAUGUGAAGUUUUUCUAUAUAAAACAAGAUUAAAAUUAAAUAUUGAAUGCUAGUGUUUUCUGAAGUGGCAUAGUCUAAGAAUUAAGAAUACUUUGCUUUGCACUAUGACUUUGAAGAUUGGAAGUGAUACUUUUUCCAUCGUUUUCUCUUGUUUUCAAAAAAUUCCUAUAGAGAAAGCACAACUAUCCCCAAUUUAUAGAUGGGGAAGUCGAGGCCUUAAGAUAAUAUGUGAUUAGAUCCCAGAUAGUGGAAAAAGAUAACUCCUCAACUUUUCCACUAAACUCUUUGCCUUGCUUAUCAAUUUGAGGAAGGUUUUGAAUAGUAGGAAUAUAUUUCUGGGGGCAGCCUUUAAUGAGAAGAAUUUGAUGAAUUCUUGAUAAAUCUGGAAUAAGUAAUUUAUAUGAAAGUUAGCAUUAUAUAUAGUUUGAACCAACAGAAAUUGUGGGCUUUAUCAGUCAAAAACAAUUGAUUAUUAACUUUAUAUGGUUUAGCCUAUUAUCUAUCUUGUAUUAUGAUUUUAAUCUUUCAAUGGGAAUAUCAAUUUAUUGUCAAUAUCAGUAGCUUUUGAAUUAUCAUAUAAUAAAACUAACAUUAAAUAUUUACUGUGUGCCAGGCAUAACAUUGAGCAUUUAGCAUUUAUCAUCAUGAUAUUUAUAGCAAUUCUGAAUGAAGUGAUUUUUUUUUACCCAUUGUUAGAUACCAGUUUAAAGCAAUUAAAUGAGGACCAGAGAAAUGAAUAGCAGAUAAAGUGCUUGCCUUGAAUGCAGCCCAACAUACGUUCUAUCCCAGGUACCAUAUAUGGUCCCGAACCUGCCAGGAAUAAUCCCUGAGUAAGCCUCAGAACAGCCAGGUAGCCCAGACCUGUCCGUCCCCCAAAAAAAAAGAAGCAGCUAAAUGAUUAGACUGAAGGUGAAGGUACCCAACUACAUGUGUGCCCAGUUUCAAUGCCUGUUGUUGUAUCUAUUUCACAAGAACAGUUCAGAACUGUUGAGAAGGAUCAGUGAUAGUGAAUAAUUGUUUUCCUGAAUGUUAACACAAUUGAUGAGCAAUGGCAGAGGUGUGUGGUUAGCAAUGCCUGACCAUGGAAGUUAGCAUGAGCACAUGCCUUCUACAUUUGUCAUCUUUGACCUCAACUCUAACCACAGAAGACUUACUUUUUAAAUGAGAAGCUUAAAUUACUCCGAUCCUUGGCCCUGAGAGAUAGUAGGUAAAGCACUUGCUUUGCAUGUGACCGACUGGGUUCAAUCCCUGACAACGUAUGGUCUCCCAAGUGAUCCCUGAACACUACUUGGGGUGGACCCAAAACCAGAACACAUAUUUUAAUUAAAAUUAAAAAUAAAGUACUCCAGGGCUGGAGCAAUAGUACAGCUGGUGGAGCGUUUGCCUUGCACGCAGCAGACUCAGGUUCGAUCCCCAGCACCCCACAUGAUACCCUGAGCACUGCCAGGAAUAAUUCCUAAGUACAGAGCCAGAAGUAAGCCCUGAGCAUCACCUGGGCACACAUGUGAGUUGGGUACCUUCACCUUCAGACCCAAAGAGCAAAAAUAAGUAAUUUUUUUAAAAAUUAAAAAAUAAAAUACUCUAAACCCUUUAACCAGAGAUGUGGUAAAAUGUGACCUAAGAUGAGAUUGGAAAUUGUUGUUUCUUGGUACAAAGAAGAACUUGGUCACAGGACAUCAGCUGUUCCUCAUCCUCUACUGCUCUGUGACCAUGUGUCGCUUUUCAUUCUCAGAGUGACUUGUUAUUCUCAUGUUGGUGAACCAUAAGAAAGGCAUGGAGGAACAGGAAACCUAGGCUUCUUGACUUUCACCUUGUUAAUCUCUGCCUCUCAGUCAUAGUUUUUGACUCAGCAUUUGGUUCGCCCACUAGAAGAUUAUUUAGAGAUUUGGGCAUCAAGUCCAUCUUACCUUGUGUAGGUAACAGCACCUGGAACAAAAUAAAGAAGUCAGCUUUUCUUUGCUGGAUCUCUCAGUGUAUUCUAAGACUUUCUACUUAAUUUAUUUAAUUUACAACUGAUGUUCUCUAUUUGUAUGUGGCAGCCGGAGGUGUGUGUGGGAUGGAGCAAAUUUAUUUUUAAUUUACAUAUUUCAUAAUGAAUUGUUUUUCUUGUAUAGAAUAUUUGAAUUGGCUAACCUAAAUGAAAAUAAAGUGUACUUUGUUUGUGCUGUUAAUAAACUAUCAAGAG